AUGGGUGACUUGACAAACAGCGAUUUUUAUUCAAAGAACCAAAGAAAUGAGGCCAACCAUGCAGGAGAGUUUGGGUGCACGCUUCAGGAGCUGCGUUCCCUCAUGGAACUUCGAGGAAUGGAAGCAGUAGUAAAAAUUAAAGAAACAUAUGGGGACACUGAGGAUCUCUGCAGACGCUUGAAAACGUCUCCAAUAGAAGGAUUGCCCGGCACUGCUGCUGACUUAGAUAAAAGAAAGCUAAUAUAUGGGAAAAACUUUAUACCUCCGAAGAAGCCAAAAACUUUCAUACAGUUAGUCUGGGAAGCAUUACAGGAUGUGACUCUUAUCAUUUUGGAAAUCGCAGCCAUCAUAUCUCUUGGACUCUCAUUUUAUCAUCCACCUGGAGAGGGAAAUGAAGCCUGUGCAACUUCAAAAGGAGGAAGUGAAGAUGAAGGCGAGGCAGAAGCUGGUUGGAUUGAAGGUGCUGCCAUUCUCCUCUCUGUUAUUUGCGUGGUACUGGUUACUGCCUUUAACGACUGGAGCAAAGAGAAGCAAUUUCGUGGACUUCAAAGUCGUAUUGAGCAAGAACAGAAGUUUACUGUUGUCCGAGGUGGACAAGUAAUUCAAAUACCAGUAGCAGAGAUAGUAGUGGGGGACCUUGCACAGAUCAAGUACGGUGACCUCCUACCUGCUGAUGGGGUGUAUAUUCAAGGAAAUGACCUUAAGAUAGAUGAAAGCUCUUUAACUGGAGAGUCAGAUCAAGUCCGCAAAUCCAUUGACAAAGAUCCAAUGCUGCUUUCGGGUACUCAUGUCAUGGAGGGUUCUGGAAGAAUGGUUGUGACUGCAGUGGGAGUUAAUUCUCAGACAGGGAUAAUCUUUACUCUACUAGGUGCUGGUGAAGAAGGAGAGGAGAAGAAAGAUAAGAAAGGUAUGAAACAGGAGGAUGGACAUCUGCUUCCAGAUGGGGCAGCAGGUGCAAAUGCCACUGAUAAUGCAAAUGCCAGCUUAGUCAAUGGCAAAAUGCAGGAUGGAAAUAUGGAAAACAACCAGAAUAAAGCCAAACAACAGGAUGGGGCUGCUGCAAUGGAGAUGCAGCCACUGAAGAGUGCAGAAGGAGAUGGAGAUGACAAGGACAAGAGAAAAGCCAAUAUGCAUAAGAAAGAGAAAUCUGUUCUUCAGGGGAAGCUGACGAAAUUGGCUGUCCAGAUCGGCAAAGCAGGCUUGGUGAUGUCUGCCAUCACAGUCAUCAUUCUAGUGUUAUACUUUACUAUCGAGAACUUUGUAGUCAGCAAGAAGCCCUGGCUGCCCGAGUGCACUCCCAUCUAUGUUCAGUAUUUUGUCAAAUUCUUCAUAAUUGGCGUUACUGUGCUGGUAGUUGCUGUCCCAGAAGGACUUCCACUUGCAGUUACCAUCUCCCUUGCUUACUCCGUAAAGAAAAUGAUGAAAGAUAACAAUCUGGUCCGUCAUUUAGAUGCGUGCGAGACUAUGGGUAAUGCUACAGCCAUCUGCUCUGAUAAAACAGGGACGUUAACGACCAACCGGAUGACAGUAGUGCAAGCCUAUAUUGGAGAUGUCCAUUACAAAGAGAUCCCUGACCCAGAUUCCAUUCCAGCCAAAACUCUGGAUUUACUGGUUAAUGCAAUUGCCAUCAACAGUGCUUAUACUACAAAAAUUCUGCCACCAGAAAAGGAAGGUGGUCUACCUCGCCAGGUUGGCAACAAGACAGAAUGUGGACUACUGGGCUUUGUUUUAGAUCUGAAGCAGGAUUAUCAACCUGUCCGGAAUCAAAUGCCUGAAGAGAAGCUCUACAAAGUGUACACAUUUAACUCUGUAAGAAAGUCAAUGAGCACUGUGAUUAAAAUGCCAGAUGAAAGCUUCCGAAUGUACAGCAAAGGAGCUUCAGAAAUUGUCCUAAAGAAGUGUUCUAAGAUCCUUAACACAGCUGGUGAACCUCGCGUCUUCAGACCCCGUGAUCGGGAUGAGAUGGUAAAGAAAGUGAUUGAACCCAUGGCCUGUGAUGGACUGAGAACCAUCUGUGUUGCUUUUCGAGACUUCCCCAGCAGCCCUGAAGCAGACUGGGACAAUGAAAAUGACAUUUUAACUGACCUGACUUGCAUUUGUGUGGUUGGCAUAGAAGAUCCUGUAAGACCAGAGGUCCCAGAAGCCAUAAGAAAGUGCCAGCGAGCUGGAAUUACAGUCCGCAUGGUUACUGGGGACAACAUCAACACAGCUCGUGCCAUUGCCAUAAAGUGCGGCAUCAUCCACCCAGGGGAAGACUUCCUCUGUCUUGAGGGGAAAGAGUUCAACAGGAGGAUCCGAAACGAGAAGGGAGAUAUUGAGCAGGAGCGCAUUGACAAGAUCUGGCCAAAACUUCGUGUCCUUGCGCGUUCGUCUCCCACAGAUAAGCACACUUUGGUGAAAGGUAUUAUUGACAGCACACAAGUGGAGCAGAGGCAAGUUGUAGCUGUGACUGGGGAUGGAACGAAUGACGGACCAGCACUUAAGAAAGCUGAUGUUGGCUUUGCUAUGGGUAUUGCAGGAACUGAUGUGGCAAAGGAAGCCUCAGAUAUUAUCCUCACUGAUGAUAAUUUCAGUAGUAUUGUGAAAGCUGUAAUGUGGGGCCGUAAUGUCUAUGACAGUAUCUCCAAGUUUCUGCAGUUCCAGCUGACAGUAAACGUGGUGGCUGUAAUUGUGGCUUUCACUGGAGCUUGCAUUACCCAGGACUCUCCUUUAAAAGCUGUACAGAUGCUGUGGGUCAAUCUGAUUAUGGACACCUUUGCCUCUCUUGCUCUGGCCACGGAGCCCCCCACAGAAUCCCUUCUACUGAGGAAACCGUACGGUCGAAACAAGCCUCUUAUCUCACGAACCAUGAUGAAGAAUAUUAUGGGCCAUGCUGUGUACCAGCUCACUCUAAUUUUUACCCUCCUCUUUGUCGGUGAAAAAAUGUUCAAGAUCGACAGUGGCAGGAAUGCUCCGCUCCACUCUCCGCCCUCUGAGCACUAUACCAUCAUCUUCAACACCUUUGUCAUGAUGCAGCUGUUCAAUGAAAUCAAUGCACGCAAGAUCCACGGCGAAAGGAAUGUUUUCGAUGGCAUCUUCAGAAACCCUAUAUUUUGCACUAUUGUACUGGGUACAUUUGCUGUGCAGAUAGUAAUAGUACAGUUUGGUGGGAAACCUUUUAGCUGUUCCCCUUUGCAACUUGACCAAUGGAUGUGGUGUGUAUUUAUUGGAUUAGGUGAACUUGUCUGGGGUCAGGUCAUUGCAACCAUCCCGACAAGUCGGUUAAAAUUUUUAAAGGAAGCGGGAGGCCUGACUUUGAAAGAAGAAGUGCCUGAAGAGGAGAUGAAUGAAGAUGUAGAAGAGAUUGACCAUGCAGAGAGAGAGCUCCGGCGUGGACAAAUUCUUUGGUUCAGAGGGCUGAACAGAAUCCAAACCCAGAUCGAAGUAGUCAAUACUUUCAAGAGUGGGACUUCCUUUCAGGGGGCUCUCAGGAGACAAUCCUCCGUCACAAGCCAGAACCAGGAUAUCCGCGUCGUGAAGGCAUUCCGUAGCUCUCUCUAUGAAGGUUUAGAGAAACCAGAAUCUAGAACCUCCAUUCACAACUUUAUGACUCAUCCUGAAUUUAGGAUAGAAGAUUCCCAGCCCCAUAUUCCUCUCAUUGAUGACACUGAACUAGAAGACCCUGCACUCAAGCAAAACCCAAGUCCACCAUCUUCUCUGAACAAGAACAAUAGUGCUAUCGACAGUGGAAUAAACCUUACGACUGACACAAGUAAAUCAGCUACCUCUUCUAGUCCAGGAAGCCCUAUCCAUAGCCUGGAGACAUCACUUUAG